CGCCCAACAGCCGAUCGCCCCCCCGAUAGACGAAAAAAGACCCUUUCGGCAGAGCCUGGCCGGGUCAACGUGUUCGCCGGAACUCUACUAAGUAACCCACAAUUAUUUGCGAUCGCAUCUUUCGACCAUUUCGAGUUCCGCCUUUUGUAAAAGAAGGGAGGAAGAAAACAAUUCAGUUAACACGAUAUCAACAAUUGAUUUGCUAUGUGCGCAGCUUCGGAUCGCCAUCCCACGUUCAAGGCGAGCUUCGCCGAAAGAGCCAACAAUGCCUCCCACCCACUACUCAACUACUUGUUCCGGCUUAUGGAAUUGAAGAAGUCGAAUCUGUGUCUUAGUGCCGAUGUUACCUCCGCCCGCGAACUUCUCACCCUAGCUGAUCGAAUCGGUCCGUCCAUCGUCGUGCUCAAGACGCAUUACGAUCUCGUCGCCGGAUGGGAUUAUCAUCCGCAAACUGGUACCGGUCCCAAACUAGGUGCUCUUGCGAGGAAGCAUGGCUUCCUUAUUUUCGAGGAUAGAAAGUUUGGGGACAUUGGCAGCACGGUCCAGUUACAGUACACCGCUGGAACCGCGCGGAUCAUCGACUGGGCACACAUCGUAAACGUCAACAUGACCCCCGGCAAGGCCGCUGUUACUGCGCUUCAACAAGCAGCUGCCCGGUGGCGUUCUCGUGUCAAUUACGAAGUGAGGACAUCCGUCUCGGUUGGAACCCCGGUCUCGGACGAGUUUGACGAAAACGGUAGCGAGACAGAUGGACAACCUACAACUGCGCUGUCGCCGUCAAAAGAUCCUCCACCGUCGUCAAACUUCCGCACUGAACAUACCGGUAGAAAAGGGAGCAUCGUGUCUAUUACUACCCUCACGCAAUCAUUCGAACCGGUGGAUUCGCCGCGCUUUGGUAAGUCUAUUGCGGAAGGCGAUGAGCUUGUAUUCGCAGGGAUUGAGGAACCCCCUUGGGAGCGAGGACUCCUGAUAUUAGCACAGAUGUCUAGCGAGGGAAAUCUCAUGACCAAGGAGUACACGCAGGCCUGUGUCGAAGCCGCGAGAGAGCAUAAGGAUUUCGUGAUGGGUUUCAUCUCCCAAGAAACUCUUAACAGCGAAGACACAGAUUCCUUCAUCUCUAUGACCCCGGGUUGCCAACUACCUCCCGAAGAAAACGAAGAAGACAGUAGCGUUGCGGGCGAUGGUCUUGGCCAACAAUACAACACGCCCACAAAGCUUGUAGGACAGUGCGGUUGCGAUAUUGUCAUCGUGGGACGAGGUAUUCUCAAGGCGGCAUCUCCGCAGGUGGAAGCCGAACGGUAUCGAAGAAAGGCAUGGAAAGCAUAUCUCGGCCGGAUAGAACAGCAGGCGUGAGAGUAAAGACAUAUUUCGCAUUAGGCGGAUCUAUAUUAAGCAUGGAUGAUACAUUCGUCCCGGAGCCUGGAGUUCUUUCGGCUUUAUACAAGAUAGUCAUCAUUGUCAUUCGGGGAUCCCGGUCAACCAAAAAAUUGGAAAGGGCUAUAAGAGAGAGUUGAGUCAUACCAAAUUAUAGGUAUUAAACUGUUUUCCGUGUUAAUUGGCAUAUCACGGUGGAGUUUUUCUCUGUGAGCGGUUAUGUGAGUUGCUUAUGCUAAAUGCGUACCUACGUUUAGGGUUCUUGAGAUAAGAAUUGGAAUUGGGUGCAUCUCGCUAACCUAUCCGUUCUUAGUUGUAUUUUGCAAGAUGAGAUGAUUCCGGAUAACCAUGAUGUUGUAUAUAUAUACGAACAUAAAGAUUGACUUAACGAGUUUCAUCAUGAUAGCACUCGCUCAUUAUACGCACCUUCGCGCUAUUCGUCUAUAAUGCUUGUAAGUCGCGAAGAGGCGCAAUAGGCGGGUCCGGUGCGGUAUGUGCCGUAACUUUCUUAUAGCGUAUAUGACUUUAGCCAACCGAGUUGCUCCAAUGCACACGGUGAUUGAUUAGUUCUAGUUCGUCUUAAGUCAGAAACCGCUUCCGUGGAAGCCUGUUGGCGAUACUAGCGAUGCAGGUGCUGGGGGGCUAUAAUCCGUACAUGCGUGUA